AAAUGUCCGAAGUGUUUUCUGGAUAUCUUUCGAAAACCUUUCUUCAUAAUGGGAUCGAUUUACUUUUGUAGUUUCUUUUCUCACGUUUACAGGCAUUUGAUCAAGGGAUAUUUGAGAAUCAAAUAGUAGAUUGGGUGGCGAUGAAAUAUCUGCCCUUUAAUUUUUUCGACGAUUCAAGUACUCAAAAUUUAUUCAAGUAUUUAAAUCCUCUGGCUGUGGUACCACUACGAAAUAAGUUGACAUCAAUGGUCCUGAAUCGCUAUUUGCAAAUGAAAAAUGUUGUAAUGAAUAUUUUACAAGAGAAUGAUUCCAAAAUAUCAUUUGCUACGGAUGGGUGGUUUUCGAUUUCUCAGCGAGGAUAUACGGGAAUAACUGCUCAUUACAUUGACAAUGAUUGGGAAUUACAGACUCUAGUAAUUGAUUUCGCUCCUACCCAUGGUCAGCAUGCUGGUAAAGAUAUAGCCAAAGUCUUUUUUGAUACGGUCAACAAUUUCAAAAUUGCAGAAAAAGUUCUAGGAAUAACAGUAGACAAUGCUUCCGUAAAUUUAAGAUUUAUGAUCGAGUUGUCAUAUUUAAUGAGUUUUGAUCAUGUUAAUCAACACUUUCGUUGCUACUGUCACAUUUUGAACAUUGCAGUACAGGCAAUGUUAAAAGAGUUAAGUUUAGAUCACAUUUGCGAUGAAGAAAAUGAAGGAGAAUAUAAUGAUGAUGAUGAUGAUGAUGAUGAUGAUGAUGAUGAUGAUGAUGAUGAUGAUGAUGAUGAUGAUGAUGAUGAUGAUGAUGAUGAUGAUGAUGAUGAUGAUGAUGAUGAUGAUGAUCAGAAUGAUUCAGAUGACAUUGAAGUACAAGAAAAUUCUGAUGAAAUUUCAGACGAAGACGAAAACGAUUCCAUCCAGUCACCAUUAGCUAAAUUGAGAAAGCUUUUUAAGCUCUUGAAAAAAUCUGAGCAGUGGACAAAUAAAUUGCAGAGCUGCUGCAAUAUUUGUGACAUCAAAAUGCUAUCCCCAAAGAUCGAUGUUUCUACUCGGUGGAACUCGACGUGUGAUAUGAUUAAUUUAGGCCUCCAAAUGCAAAACGCAAUAGAUUUGUUAUGUAAAAAUAACAAAUUUCUAAACAAAUUAACCAUUUCAAAUUGCGAGUGGAUUCUUUUACGAGAAAUUUUUUCUCAUUUACGUCAUUUCAAAACGUUAUCAAAUGCGUUUUGUGGGGAUAAAUAUCCUACUCUAAAUUUAGUUAUUGUGGGUUUUAACAUGAUUUUAGAUAAAAUUGAAAAAUCGAUCGAGUCAUUGAUGAACCAAAGGAGAAACCAAGUUGAAGAUAAAAUUCUGCGAGCUUUGCAAGCUGGAUUGGCAAAAAUGGAUAAACAUUAUUCGCGAAGCAAUUGGGUCUACUGCGCCGUCCUUUUUUUAGAUCCUCGAUUUAAAUUGGAAACAUUCGAUAUGACUGACUGGGGUCGCGCGAUGAAACAAUCAUCUUUAAAAACUUUCAAGACUAUCUUUAAAUCGCAGUACUACAAACAACCCAAUCAAAAGGAACUUGAAAUUGUUGAAAAUUCUACUGAAGAUUUGCCACGUGAUGCUGGUCAAGAUGAAGAUCUCGAUUUGUUUUCUCUCUACAAAGAUGAUGCUGGUACAACAAGUUUCAACUCCAAUACCACCACCAAUCAAAACACUAAUUGGGAUUAUGAAAUUAACUCGUAUGUGAAUGAAGAAAGAGCUGGAAAAUCAGUAAAUAUUUUACAAUGGUGGAAGGAACACGCAAAAGAAUUUCCAAAUCUAUCUUGAAUGGCUCGAGACUACUUAGCAAUUCCUGCAUCAUCUGUUUCUGUUGAACGCUUAUUCUCAAGAAGUUCAUUGGUUAUUAGGAAACAUAGAAACAAGCUAAAUAAUGAGUCAAUACGUUCUUUGAUGGCUCUUAAUUCAUGGGUUUCUUGCUCUUUGACACCUAAGAUUCAGUCUUCAAUGUAAAAUUUUCAAUUCGCUUGGUUUAAUUUAUAAUUCAUAUUUCAAUUAAGAUUAAUUAAAUAAUUUAAGUUAAACACUUUCUACGCAUUUCACUUAGUACAAAAUGUACGCACUG